UACCUUCCAGGGGGACGUCGGCGACCCACAGGCAGCAGACGAUGCCCUUCCUCCAGGUGCUCGGGGACGUCGCCGCCGCUCCUGCCCAGCUCCUGUAGUCGUGCUCCAACCCCUUUGGUCGUCCUCGGAAGCCUCGCUCCUGAAUACCAGGUCGACCUUGGUUUGUCUCAUCUUUUUUGCUCCGAGGACUUGGAUUAAUACGCACGCGUCGUCCUCCUCCUCGUCCUCGUCCUCGUCCUCGUCGUCCUCCUCGUCCUCGUCCUCGUCGUCCUCGAGAUGCCUCCGAAGCCCAAGGCCGACGACCCGAGCUCCUUGGGGAACUUGUACCUCAUAUUUUACAAUGUUUUCCUCACUUUAGGGUGGUUGAUCGUCUUGAUUCAGACCGUCCACCAUUUAGUCCACGAGCAAGGCAAUAUUACCGGACUAUGGGAGAACACCAAUUCCGUGCUCCUGAUUUUCCAAACACUGGCUGUCUUGGAGAUCAUGCACUCCGCAGUCGGUCUUGUGUCCUCCAGCGUGAUGAUGGUCCUGCCACAGGUGUUCUCUCGACUGAUGGUGACCUGGGCCAUCCUCUACUCCUUUGGAGACUCGCGCACCAGCAUAGGAUUUCCAAUGCUUUUGAUUGCCUGGAGUGUGACGGAGGUGAUUCGCUAUUCAUUCUACUUUUUGAACAUCCUCAAACAAGUGCCCUUCCUUCUCACCUUCCUCAGGUACACCCUCUUCAUUGGCCUCUACCCCCUUGGUGUAACUGGUGAGAUCCUGUGUGUAUAUGCAGCACUGCCAGCAGCAGCAGAGAAAAAGAUUUACUCUGUCACUAUGCCAAAUGCUCUCAACUUUGCCUUUGACUUCUAUUAUGGACUGAUUGUCUUUGUCCUUCUUUAUUUCCCAGUGUUCCCGUCAUUAUACAUGCAUAUGUUCGCUCAGAGACGCAAGGUUCUCGGUGGCGGACAUAAGAAGAAGGAAUAGGACGUUGAUGCUGUAUAGUAUUCCGUAGUUUUAACAAUUCCCCCUGUUUUCUCUCUUAUUUUGACCAGUAUUUAUUCUUUCUGAAUGUGGGUUUUCAUAGGCAAAUGAUAUUUUUUAUACAUGUAGUUGAAAAGCCUGAAAAAAAAGAAGAAAAAUUGACUUUGUAUUAUCUUGCUUUGAAUAACAAAUUGAUGCUCAAAACAAGAAGAAAAUGUCACAAAAUGAUAACAUGUACACACAAUCUACUCUCUUAAUUUAGUUUAAUCCUAAGGAAACAAAAGCCACUUUCUAUUUCAACUCAGCAUCCCUGACUCAUUCCAAAGUAAAGUGGGCACACUGUGGCAAAGGAGAAUGAAUUCAGAGGUCCUAAUAAAGAAUAAGUUUGUUUAUUUUCAUGUUGGAUGUAAAUGCUAAUAAAACUUUUUUUAAUUUA